AGGGAACUGGAAAGAAGGACCUGGAAGAAGGAUAAACAUCAGGAAAUUAUCUCUUGACAAUUCCGACACAUGCACUGUUGAGCUUCUUCCAGAUCCUUCCACAGUCUUCAGUGAGCGCUCACCAUCUGUGUGUUUCACAUAUAUCCCUCUUCCUUCUUCUUCCCCAUUAAUCCUCCAUAGUUUCUUCGUCACUGUGCAAUUCAUAAUCGGUUGUUUACUACCUUCUUUUUCUCUCUUCUAGUCUUUCCUGAGGAAAAAGACGAUUUUUUCAUUCUCAUCAAUGGCUACGGAACCUAAUGUUUCUGAGAAUUCGUCCCCCUCUGAAAACUCGUUCAGAUUCAGAGAGCUUUCUGUUUUCUUACCCUUCAUCUUAGGCUUCUCCACUGACUCUUCCGGACAACACAGUCAAGACCCAGAUCAGGAAACCACAGACUCGGAAAAUAGUAAUAACCAUGGCGAAAGAGUCAUCUUGAUCAACCCUUUUACGCAAGGCAUGGUGGUGAUCGACAGUACUUCGAGCCUCGAGACUCUGUUCCACGAAAUUGGUAUGAAAAAUGGGCAACCGCCGGCGUCGAAGGAAUCAAUAGACGCAUUGCCAAGUGUGGAAAUCAAAGAAGGAGAAGGCGGCGAGUGUGUAAUUUGCUUGGAGGAUUGGGAGGUUGGUGGGGUGGCGAAAGAGAUGCCUUGUAAGCACAAGUAUCAUCAGAAUUGUAUAGAGAAGUGGUUGGGAAUUCAUGGGUCUUGCCCUGUUUGUAGAUACCAGAUGCCUGUGGGUGAGAAAGAAGUGGGCAAGAGAGAUGAAGAAGAACAAGAAGCAGGAGGCGGAGAGAGAAGGAGGGUUGGCAGAGAAAUUUGGGUGAGCUUCUCCUUUAGAAGUGAUAAUACGAACCAAGCUCCUUCUGAUAAUUCCAGUGAUCCUUCAUCAAGUCCAAGAGGUGAUUCUGCUGUUGAGAAUUAGGGAAGAGAUUUUUUUCCUUCUUUUGUUCCACUUGGGCAUAGAAUCUGUAUAGCCACAUUUACAAGCUAUUGUUGGUCAGAUCUUCUGGAAAUAAAUAAAUUAAUGGCAUUUUCUGUCCUCCCAA